AUGAGCUCUGUCAGCAAGCAAAAGAUGACCUACACUCUGGACGAUUUCACCAAAUUGGAGAAGAUUGGCGAGGGAACUUAUGGAGUCGUCUACAAGGGAAGAAACAGAAAAACGAACGCGAUGGUGGCCAUGAAAAAGAUUCGAUUGGAGAGCGAGGACGAAGUGAGACCACAGUAAAAGUUGUUUGUGUAGUAAUACAACUAAUUUUGAGGGUGUGCCGUCGACUGCUGUCAGAGAGAUCAGCCUGCUCAAAGAGCUCCAGCACCCUAAUGUUGUCGGACUGGAGGCUGUCAUUAUGCAGGAGAAUCGUCUUUAUCUCAUCUUCGAGUUCUUGUCGUCAGAUUUGAAGCGCUUCAUGGACCAACUCCCAAAAGAAGAGUACUUGCCGCAUCAAACUCUCAAAAGCUAUACAUUCCAGGCAAGCGUCAGCUUUAUAGAGUAAAAAAACGCUUGCUAUUUAGAUCCUGCAAGCGAUGUGCUUCUGUCACCAGCGCCGUGUGAUCCAUCGUGAUUUGAAGCCUCAAAAUCUUCUGGUUGACAACAAGGGCUCCAUCAAAUUGGCCGAUUUCGGUCUCGCCAGAGCUAUCGGAAUUCCGAUACGCGUCUACACUCACGAGGUGACAACGAAUAAAUCUAUUUAGAAAGGAGACUUUAAUUUUCAGGUCGUCACCCUCUGGUACCGUGCUCCGGAAAUUUUGAUGGGUGCUCAGCGCUAUUCAAUGGGUGUCGAUAUGUGGUCUAUUGGCUGCAUUUUUGCUGAGAUGGCGACGAAGAGACCAUUGUUCCAGGGAGACUCGGAGAUUGACGAGCUCUUCCGUAUCUUCCGAGUGCUCGGAACGCCGACCGAGUUGGAAUGGAACGGAGUCGAGUCGCUGCCCGACUACAAGCCUACAUUCCCGAAGUGGCGUGAGAAUUAUCUCCGCGACAAGUUCCUCGACAAGAAAACAGGAACCUACUUGAUUGACGAAGCCGGAUAUGACCUGCUUGUGGUAAUAUCAACUUGAGCCACUCGUAACUAACCGAUAAUUUUUGCAGAGUCUUCUCAUCUACGACCCGUCUCUCCGCAUCAGCUCGAAGAAGGCUCUAAAUCAUGCGUACUUCGAUGACAUCGACACUUCGAAGUUGCCGGCAGGCGACUAUCGCGGAGAGCUAGUACUCGACUAA